AUGACAAUUAGAUGCGUCAUCUUUUUCUUUGUUCAGUUGCAACCACCACAAUAUCCACAUCACACUGCUCCAAAGAUUCAAUGCAAAAUGUUUCAUUUUUGUACACCGUACGAAAGCAACGCCGCAAAAAAGCCCCCCACACACACACUGUGCCCCAAAGACAAGCGCCAACCAAGAGAUCAUCCUGUCGCGACAACAGGCAGUGGUCCCCGUGUCCCACGCGGCACACAAUACAGGAUUCUUCUCCACGCCACUGAGCAAUCACCAGGAAGAACAACAACACGCCAUUCAUGUCACCAGGCAUGCAGGAUGCACCUAAGGCUUCAACAUUAUGCAGCGCCAAGCCUGAAGGACGAGCGGGUGGGAACUUUGAGCUAG